AUGUGGACAAUCGUCGCCCGCUUUGUCGAGGCCGCUGCCUCCGUCUCCCACUACACCCGUGAGGAGCCCUGCGCGACCGGCAUCCAUCUGAUCGUCGCCCGCGGCAGCAGUGAAGCUCCAGGUCUCGGGCGAAUCGGCGUUGUAGCCCGGAACGUCACCCUGCUCCUUCCCGGAUCGACCAUCGAGGCCAUCGACUAUCCCGCCACCUUCGCCAACUACACCACCUCGGAGGAGAAGGGAGCCAUUGCCUUUGAGAAGAGUCUCGUUGACUACCAUGCGAAGUGCCCGGACACCAAGGUUGCCCUGCUGGGUUACUCCCAGGGUGCGCAGGCUAUGAUGGACUCGCUUUGUGGCGGAAUUCCUGGAGAGGGCUCGGAUUAUCAGGCUAGCAAGGGGUACUUGGAGGUGUUCAAUGAGACGGUCGUCGCGGCCGUCGCCUACGGUGACCCAAGCCACACAGCCGGGGCUCCCUGGAACCUUGGCUCCAGCACAAAGACUGGCAUCUUCCCCCGCGAGAACGUGACCUCCUGCCUGCCCCUCGCUUCGCACAUCGCCUCUUGGUGCGACACGGGCGACAUUUACUGCGAUUCUGGCUCGGACAUCACCGUGCACGGCGGUUACUUUGGCAACUACACCAUGGAGACUGUCAAGUGGAUCGUUGAGAAGUACAACGCUUCGAUUGCUGCCGGCCAGAACGGCGGUUCCGACUCGGGUAACUCGACUACCACUGUUCCUGUUCCCUCGUCCACUUCGACUGGUGUUGCUGUCCCGACUGGAUCUGGAUCGGUGGUUGUGAGUGCGACCCCCAGCGCUUCUGCUUCGGGCGCGCCUGUUCAGGGUGCUGCGGUUAGUGUGAGGGGAUCGGGCGUGAUGGUUUUGGCUGGUGUUGUUGGUGCUGUCGGUAUGGGUCUUGGUCUCUUCUAG